AUGGUCCUUGACUAUAGAUUUGACGAUCUCAACAUAACUUCCAGGCUUGCCAGAGCUGUGUUACAGCAGAGAGAGCAAAUAGCUCAUGAUAUUUCUCCUCUGAUGAGUAAGCUCCAAAAUCGCAGGUUUAAAUUUGAUCUGGGAUUGAAAGAAAAGGAGCUAUGUCCUCCCAUGCCAGCAUCCAUGCUUUUCUUUGUCAGAGAACUUCCAGGUGCUCGGCUGCCUCUUCCUGGACCGAGCAAAGCGCCCACGUGGCCGCCACCUGCGUCCUCCUUCCCACGGCCCUCGGGAGACCGCGCUUGGUGGCAGUGGACCGCCAGCAGCUCCGAAGGUGACAGUGUGGGAGAUUCCAUCCGUGGGAAACCUUCCGUGGUGUACAGAUUUUUUACAAGUCUCGGACAGGUCUAUCGGGCCUGGCUGGACAAGUCUACUCCAUACACGGUUGUGCGAUGGGUGGUGACGCUGGGCCUGAGCUUCAUCUACGUGACCCGAGUUUACCUGCUGCCAGGUUGGUACAUCGUGACCUAUGCCUUGGGAAUCCACCAUCUAAAUCUCCUUAUAGCUUUCCUUUCUCCAAAAGUGGAUCCUUCCUUAAUGGAAGAUUCAGACGAUGGCCCCUCGUUACCAACCAAACAGAAUGAGGAGUUCCAGUCCUCUAUUCGAAGGCUCCCAGAGUUUAAAUCCUGGCACACGGUGACCAAGGACAUCCUGGUGGCCAUGGUUUGCACCUUCUUUGAGGCAUUCCACGUCCCAGUGUUCUGUCCCAUCCUGGUGAUGUACUUCGUCAUGCUCUUCUGUAUCACGAUGAAGAGGCAGAUAGAGCACAUGAUCGAGUACCGGUACAUCCUGUUCACGCACGGCAAGAAGACAUACAAGGGAAAGGAGGACACGGGCAAGACAUUUGCCAGCUAG